AUGGCUUCUCUUCGCUCCUUGUUCGUCCUCGCUCUGAUCCUCGUCUCCCUUCCCGCACUCUACGCCGCGUCCGCGCCACUGCGGGGCGAUGUCGCUGCUGGGGGAAGCGCUGGCGAGGACGCGGCGAGUUGGGGCCGCAUGCUGCUGGAAGCGAGCGGCGGUGACGUGGACGUGGGUGUCGAGGAGGAGGAGGUGGGGGAGGCGACGGACGGGCUGGACGAGGCGGUGCGGGUGCUGCUGAGCUGGAAGAAGAUCAAGAACGGGAUCAAGAACGCGGCGGGCAAGGCGGGAGGGCUGGCGAAGAAGGUGGUGCAGAAGGGCGGCGUUGAAGCGCUCAAGGCGGCGGCCAAGGGGUACAGCAACGGCGGCAUGAAGGGCGCGCUCAAGGCCGGCGGUACCUCGUUUGCUAGCACAGCAAAAACCAUGGCGGCCAUCAGCUCUCUGCAUGCUCUUCACACCAUCGCUGCCAGCUUAAUUCCUACCGCCACCUCUCUGCUCCCUCCGCCUGACGGACCAGAGGUCAGCGGAGCAGCGGCAGCAGCGGCGGGAGCAGCAAGGGCAGCAGCAGGAGGAGGAGCAACAGCAGGAGCAGCAGAAAGGCAAGUUGCAGCAGGGGAGGCACGGGCGGUGGUGAACGCUCACACGGUGGAUGUGCUGCUGUCGUGCCUGCACAGCACUGCAAGCCAGAACACUUGGGUGCUUUCCUGUGAAUGGCAACCUCCUCUUCGAUACUCCCCCCUCCUCUCCCCCCUCUUCUCGCCUCUCUUCUCCCCCCUCUUCUCCCCCCUCUUCUCCCCCCUCUUCUCCCCUCUCUUCUCCCCCCUCUUCUCCCCCCUCUUCUCCCCCCUCUUCUCCCCUCUCUUCUCCCCCCUCUUCUCCCCCCUCUUCUCCCCCCUCUUCUCCCCUCUCUUCCCCCCCCUCUUCUCCCCCCUCUUCUCCCCCCUCUUCUCCCCUCUCUUCUCCCCCCUCUUCUCCCCCCUCUUCUCCCCCCUCCUCUCCCCCCUCCUCUCCCCCCUCCUCUCCCCCCUCCUCUCCCCCCUCCUCUCCCCCCUCCUUUCCCCCAUCCUCUCCCCCCUCCUCUCCCCCCUCCUCUCCCCCCUCCUCUCCCCCCUCCUCUCCCCCCUCCUCUCCCCCCUCCUCUCCGCCUUCCUCUCCCCCCUCCUGCCCCACUCUCUUCUCCUGCCCUUCUCGCUGCACGCCCACACCUGCUGCUCUCCGUCGUUGACUGCUGGGCCCUCCCCUCGGGGUGUGAAGGCAAACCAUCUCCUCCUCCAUACCCUUCCUCUCCGCCCUCUUCCCCUGCCCUCCUCGCAGCAUGCACACUUCACAGUGCUGCGCCUGCUGCUCUCGUCGCUGCACAUGCUGCUCAGCUGGAUUGACGACUGGGUGCUCAAGGGGAAGCGCCAUCCUGCUUUGAAACAGGAGUUUCUUUCCAAGCAUGAGCUUCGGCCGAUCCCUGCCAGCCCCGUGCCAUCUCCUCGCACCACUGCAGCCUCUUCCCCACCCACUACUCCCACCACCACCACCACUGUCCCCACUACCCCCAUUACCGCUGCUACCACCACCACCACUGCCACUACAAGCACCACUAUCACCACUGCCCCCACUGCCCCCACGGCCCCCAUGAGUACCACAGAGGGCUGGCCCAGCAUACCCACCACCCCCGGCACUGCCCCUGCCACCCCCCUGCACCCCCACUGGCCGGCGUUUCUCGUCCCGGUGCUGGCAGACAUACAGGCCGCAGAGCAGGGCGUGGUGUUCCUGAAGCACAUGCAGGCGCGGGGGCGGACGCAGGGCGCGGAGCAGGGGAGUAGGGGAGGUGGGAGCGGAGGGAAGGGUAGUGGGGGAGGCGGGGGCGUGGGGAAGGGAACAGGGAGAGGGGGGAGCAUGGGGAAGGGAAGGGGGAGAAGGGCGGGCCGGGGGCAGGGUGUGGAGGGACAGCAGGAGCAGCAGCGAGUGGGCAAUAAGGGUGCGGGUACUGCCUUCUCCUCGUCCUUCUCCUCCUCCCCCCCCUCCACGUGCCUUGACUCGCCUGCUGCCAAGCGGCUCAUCUCCACGCACGUAUACCGUGCUCUCUACACACACCUGCAACCCAGUGCGGUACAGUCCGGUGCAGAGCAGUCCUCCUCCUCGUUCGCUUCCUCCUCGUAUGCCUCCUCGCCCUCCUCCUCGCCACCGUCAGUGCCGUUGUCUCCAUUGUCCCCAUCGUCCCCCUCGGUGGCGUCUGUGGCAUCAUUAGCAUCGCUGUCAGCUGCGUCUGAGACAGGAUCAGAAGAGAAAUACUCGGUGGAGGAAGGACUUUUUGAAGAAGAGUACUUGGAGCAAGGGCAUUCGGUGGAGAAGGAGGAAGAGACAAGGUGGUGGGAUGAGGUGCAUGAAAGAGGUGUGGCAAGGGGAUCCGCAGCAGCAGAUGCUGGGGCGGCAGGAUGGGGAGGAGAGGGAGGUGGCGGGGCGGGAGGAGGGUACGAGGCGUCUUACUGGCUGUGGAGGGGCGGUGUGGAUGACACAGCAGACUGGAUGGAGCUGUUGGAGGAGCAAGUGAGGCUGGGACAAGUGAGAGGGGGAGAGAGUAGGGGAGGGGAGGAGGAGGAGGAGGAGGAGGAGGAGGAGGAGGAGGAGGAGGAGGAGGAGGAGGAGGAGGAGGAGGAGGAGAGAAGGGAGGAGGAGCAGCAGCAGGAGGAAGGGGAGGAAUGGUUGGAAGGGAACAAGGCAGUAACUGCACACGAGGCUCAGCUCCGCCUCAUGCUCUGGCUCAAGUCCUCUUGUGACGCUUCGGAGGAGUGUGGUGGUGGUGGCGGUGGUGGUGGGAAAAGAGAGGCGGCCUGUGGUACGGAUAGAGUUUUGGAUGAUCCGACUCGCCUGCUGCAGCAAUGGAUACAUCCUCCCAUUCAAGCGUGGGUGGCAGCAGACACGGUGCACUGUUCUCAAGAUGCACUGUUCCCCUCGCCCAUUUCCCACCCUUGCCCCCAUCACCGUCCCCACAUUCUCAUCCCACCCUACUGCAGGCGACAUUUGGUGGCAGCAGACGCAGCCGUGCUGGUGGCAGCAGACACGGUGAGAUGCCUCAAGAUGCACUGCGGCAUCAUGGGGACGCUUGAGGCCUUGAGGGACCUCUUCUUCAUCGGUGGAGUAUCGGUGGCGCCUGUGUUCCUGGGGGAGCUGUGGAAGCAGAUGCGCACCAACGUGCUGCUGCCGGCACACACCACCGAAUCCCUGCAGCAACUCAUGGAUGGAUUCCUCGCUACAGCAGCACAUGGCCACACCUCUCCUCCACCCUUCAAUACAAUCACUGUCACUCUACACAACAAACCCUCUAACUCCCCCACUUCCACAAACACACACUCUCUCCUCCACUCACCCUCACCCUCCACCACCCCAACCAUUGAUCUAGCACCUGCCACACCAUCAAAUUCCUUUCUUCCUUACACCACUUCCGUUGCCGCGCCUUCUGCCGCGCCUUCUGCCGCGCUUUCUGCCUAUGCCAAGCCGUUCGGCUCCCAACCUACUAGCACGGCCGAACCUGCAACUCCCGCCAGGUUCACUGCCCAUGCCGGACCUGUACCCCACGCCCUACCCCCAGCCUCGGUGUCAUCCAAACCUUUCGCCGGACCUACUGGACCCUUUUUGCUUGCCGGACCUAUGGGUCGUGCCGGGGCUGGUGGCGCGUCAGGUGUCAAGGCCUCAACAACCAUGCCCAGGCCUGGAGGUUCGGGGAGCGGAGGUGGUUCGGCGAUGCAGGUUCGGGUGACAGCAAUGAUGGAGCUGCUGGAAAGAAUCCACAUGAAGCCUGAGCUGGAGUGGCCUCUAGACUUCCUCAUGCGCCCUGCAGCAUGCGCCAAGUACAACCAGGUGUGUGUGUGGACUGCCCCUCGCGGCCCCUUCGCGGCCCCGUCGCCGCCCCUUCGCGGCCCCGUCGCCGCCCCUAGCGGCCCGUCGCCGCCCUUCCAGGCCCCUCGCGGCCCCUUCGCGGCCCCGUCGCCGCCCCUACUGGCCCCGUCGCCACCUCCAGCGGCCUCGUCGCCGCCCCUUCGCGGCCCCGUCGCCGCCCCUAGCGGCCCGUUGCCGCCCUUCCAUGCCUCGCGGCCCCUUCGCAGCCCCGUCGCCGCCCCAAUCGGCCCCGUCGCCGCCUCCAGCGGCCCCGUCGCCGCCCCUAGCGGUCCCGUCGCCGCCCCUAGCGGCCCCGUCGCCGCCCUUCGCGGCCACGUCGCCGCCCUUCGCGGCCCCGUCGCCGCCCCUAGCGGCCCCGUCGCCGCUCUUCGCGGCCCCGUCGCCGCCUCUAGCGGCCCCGUCGGCGCCUCUACCGGCCCCGCCCCGGCCAUGCUAGGCGCAUGUCUCACUCUCCUGCAUCAUCUCUUUCAUUAUCUUUCUCAAGCUUUACCCACUCUGCCAAGGCUUCUGUCAAGGGUCAGCGUCCUGCGUCUGGACGCAUGCGUCCAGGACGCAGGACGCGUCUUUCUGAACAUAGAUGGCAAGAGCGGCGCCUGCGGUGCUUCCGUGGAGCGGCGGUGCUUCCGUGUCAUGCCCAUGGCGGCGCAGAGGGAGCUGCUGAUGGUGCAGCAGAUGCAGCACGCCCUGCACGCCAUCCACUCCUUCCUCAUGGCCAAUGUGCGUGGACAUCGCAUCACACUCUCUUCCCCCUCAUCACAUUCUCUUCCCCUCCUUUCAUCACACUCCCGUCCCCCUUUCCUCCCUGGCGGUGACAGCAGCAUGGCACGAGCUACAGGCGGCCAUGGGCAGAGCAGCAGCCGGGGUUGGGUGUUGAGUCAACUCCAAAGUCCCGUCUCCCGUUCCUCACAUUCCCCUCCCUCUCCUCUCCCUUCCCAGGCAGUGACAGCAGCAUGGCACGAGCUACAGGCGGCCAUGGGCAGAGCAGCAUCCGUGGCAGCAGUGGUGCAUGCACACCACCACUACCUGCACUCCAUCCUUGAGGGAUGCUUCCUCAUUAACUCCACCAACAUGGUCAGGCAGGGCCAUCACGGGCCCGAUAGGUUCUCUGUCCAGCAAGACCCUUCUCUUCUGCGCACCGUCCUUCCCCUCCCACCACCCCACCUGUAUGCACGUCGUUCCCCCUCCUACCACCCACCCCACCCCAACCACUCACCAGGGCAAGGCCAUCACGGGCCUGACAGUCUCUCUGUCCUGCAAGACGCUUCUCUUCUGCGCACUCUACCACUCCCCUCCCAUCCGAACAUCUUCCUUCCCCCUCCCCACCCACUAUGCCCCUCACAUCAGGGCAAGGCCAUCACGGGCCUGAUAGUUUCUCUCUCCAGUAAGACCCUUCUCUUGUGCGCGCUUUACCACUCCCGCCGCUCACUGCAGCGCCCACACUCCAUGCCAUCACCCACCCCUUCCGCCACCGCAUUCGCCACCAUGCCUAGUGCUUUCAGCAGCACUCCAAUGCGCACACACACAGCUAGCAGCAGCACUCCCAUAUACAUGCCUGCGGCCAGCAGCAGCAGGGGGGGAGGAAGGGAGGAGAACAGCAAGGGGGGAGCAAGGGAGGAGAGAAGUGGCAGGGCGGCUGCGGAGGAGGCGGCAAUCAAUGCGGAGAUUCAGCAGCUGGGAGAUUUCUUCCAUGAUGACGUGUCAGCCAUCCUGCAGGUGGCUCGCAACCAAGCAGGGAAGUUGCCGUCGAGCAUACGGGACCUUCUGCAGCAGCUGAAUUACAACCGCUUCUACGGAUGA